AGGAGUGAUUUUAUUAUUCAAACAACCACCGUCGUCUUGGGAUGAAUUUCUAGUUUAAUGACAGGCAAGACAGUUCAGUUCUAAUAUAAGUCUAAGGUAGGUCGAAGGUCGAAGGUCGAAGGUCGAAGGUCCGACCCUUCUUUUCACCUGUCUUAAUAUAAUAGUAAAUAGGUCAGCAGACGGAGAGAGUGGCUGGGUGUCCAAUCUGUCUAGUUAUCUCAAGUGUAGACCGGCCCAGGGAAAGGCAAUAAGACCAAAGCCUCUUCGUUGAAGAGAGAGCGAGAGAGAGAGAGAGAGACAGAACAUGAACCCAAACUCUCGUCUGAUCAUGAAAUGUCAGGUCCUCUUCUCUUAGAACAAACAACAAACAGCUUCAGUCCUGCGACUCAAUGGCGCUGGCUCUCUCAUUCUCCGCUACCCCUGGUUCUGUGAGUUUCUGCACUGAGCAUCGGCAACCGUUCCACCAUGGUUCUUCUUUCCUGGACAGUAACAAGAGUCUCAAGAACGGCCAUCUAUCCCUUUCUCUGUCCUCUCGACAAUUCAAUAAGAAGAAGCUCUCGAGUAAGCACUUGUCUACUGUAAUUACUGCCGCUGCAGACUAUUACUCCACUCUAGGGGUUCCUAAGUCUGCAAGCGUCAAAGAAAUCAAGUCUGCUUACAGAAAGUUGGCACGCCAGUACCAUCCUGAUGUCAACAAGCAACCUGGAGCAACUGAAAAAUUCAAGGAGAUUAGCACUGCGUAUGAGGUGCUAUCAGAUGACAAAAAGAGGGCUAUGUAUGAUCAAUAUGGUGAAGCUGGAAUUAAGAAUUCUGUAGGGGGAUCGGCUGGAGCUUAUGCGACUAAUCCUUUUGACCUAUUCGAGACUUUCUUUGGAGCAAGUAUGGGGAACUUUCCUGGUAUGGACCAGACUGGAUUUAGAACGCGUGGUCGCUCUACUGUUAUUAAAGGUGAAGAUAUACGUUAUGACAUGACUUUGGAUUUUUCUGAGGCAAUCUUUGGAACUGAAAAAGAGUUCGAGCUUUCUCAUCUGGAAGUAUGUGGAGUUUGUGCUGGUACUGGAGCAAAGGUAGGGUCCAAGAUGAGAAUAUGUUCAACAUGUGGUGGCCGAGGUCAAGUUAUCCGGACUGAACAAACACCUUUUGGUUUAUUUUCCCAGAAAAUAGGCAGCUGUAGUUUGAAUAAUUUGUACCUAUUCGACCCCUAUUGAAUGCAAGAGAGAAAUCAGGGUGUCAAAUUUCUGCUUAAAAAAGGGGCAAAUUUGAGCCUUUUUGAAGGUGGGAUUUUGCUUGUCAAAGCCUGAGAUCUCUUCAAUAUCGACAUCUCAUAAGAUGGAUUUUGAAGAACAAAAAUUGCUGUAUAUUUUAUACCAGAUUUUUCUUUGAGAAAGGAAAUUAAAAUAUUUUUGUAAGGUACAGAACUUAACCCA